AUGGAACGCGGACACAGCCCGAAACGCCGCAAGCUCGAUACGGACGAGUAUUCCAUUGCGCCGCGACCCAAGUUCCGCAAGCCAAAUAACCCACGCGACUCAGCUGCCUCUCGGGGACAGACCCCACGACGCGAGAAUGGCUCCCAUCCGAACCAGAAGUCAUUCGAAGGGCCGGAGCCGCUCUUGGAAGAAUUUGACUCAAUGGCAUUGGACCGCGACUGGUACGGCGGCGAGGAGAAUGGACAUACCUUUGGAGACGACUCUCACAACCCGUUUGGCGGCGCAGAGAGCUCAUGGCAAGACUCGCAAAGAGAGGCAGCUUUGACAGAGAAGAAGCAGAACAAUCGCGCCAGCAUGAGAGCGCAGCAGAAACAGAAGGAUGUCGACGCAUGGGAAACGAACCGAAUGCUGCAGUCUGGAGUUGCGCAGAGGCGGCACUUUGACGAUGACUUCAACGACGACGAGGAAAGCACUCGGGUGCACAUCCUUGUCCAUGACCUCAAGCCGCCGUUUCUGGACGGAAAGACGGUCUUCACCAAGCAGAUUGAGCCCGUCCCAGCUGUUCGCGACCCGCAAAGUGACAUGGCCGUCUUCAGUCGCAGAGGCAGUCGAGUCGUGAAGGAGAAGAGGCAGCAGAAAGAGCGCGCGAAGCAAACACAGGAAGCAACCAGCGCCAAAGGAACGACGCUGGGAAAUAUCAUGGGCGUCAAGGAUGACGAUGGGGAUAGUGCGGCCCCAAUGCCUGAAGACGGGGAAAAGAAAGGUGGCAGCAAAUUCGCAGAGCAUCUGAGCAAGCAGGAAGGAGCGAGCGCAUUCAGUAAGAGCAAGUCUCUAAGGGAGCAGAGAGAGUAUUUGCCAGCGUUCGCGGUGCGCGAGGACCUUCUACGUGUCAUUCGAGACAACCAAGUCAUCAUCGUGGUUGGUCAGACAGGUUCUGGAAAGACUACGCAGCUGACUCAAUUCCUCCACGAGGAUGGCUACGCGCAACGCGGUCUGAUCGGCUGCACCCAGCCACGUCGUGUUGCAGCCAUGAGUGUCGCGAAACGUGUUAGUGAGGAGAUGCAGGUCAGAUUAGGUGGCCUGGUGGGCUAUGCUAUCCGAUUUGAGGACUGCACCAGCAAGGAAACCAAGAUCAAGUACAUGACUGAUGGUGUUCUGCUUCGAGAGUCUUUGGUUGAGCCAGACCUCGACAAAUACUCGUGCAUCAUCAUGGACGAGGCUCACGAGAGAGCAUUGAAUACGGAUGUGCUCAUGGGUCUCAUCAAAAAGGUCCUAGCUCGAAGAAGAGAUUUGAAGCUCAUUGUGACUUCUGCAACGAUGAACUCUGACCGCUUCUCGCGCUUCUAUGGAGGCGCGCCCGAAUUCAUCAUUCCUGGACGUACGUUCCCUGUCGACAUACAGUACUCGCGGUCGCCUUGCGAAGACUAUGUGGAUAGCGCAGUCAAACAGGUACUGGCCAUUCACGUUUCCCAAGGGCCCGGUGAUAUCUUGGUCUUCAUGACAGGCCAAGAAGAUAUUGAGAUCACCUGUGAGCUGGUCGCUGAGCGACUGAAGCUUCUCAACGACCCUCCGAAGCUCAGCAUAUUGCCCAUCUACAGUCAAAUGCCAGCGGAUUUGCAAGCCAAGAUCUUCGACCGAGCUGCGCCCGGCGUUCGCAAGGUCAUUGUGGCGACAAACAUUGCGGAAACAAGUCUGACAGUCGAUGGUAUCAUGUACGUCGUCGACUCCGGCUUCUCCAAGCUCAAGGUGUAUAAUCCCAAGAUGGGCAUGGAUACCCUUCAGAUAACGCCAAUCUCUCAGGCCAACGCAUCACAGCGCGCAGGUCGUGCUGGGCGAACAGGACCUGGAAAGUGCUUCCAUCUCUACACUGAACGAGCAUUCCGCGACGAAUUCUACAUACAGACAAUCCCCGAGAUCCAGCGUACCAACCUAGCCAACACAGUCCUCCUCCUCAAGUCCCUAGGUGUCAAAGAUCUGCUUGAUUUCGACUUCAUGGACCCACCCCCGCAAGAUACAAUCACUACCUCCCUCUUCGACCUCUGGGCCCUCGGCGCCCUCGACAACAUCGGCGACCUGACCCCCCUCGGCCGCACAAUGACCGCCUUCCCCAUGGACCCGUCGCUUGCCAAACUUAUCAUCACCGCCGUCGACUACGCCUGCAGCGAAGAAAUGCUCACCAUCGUCGCCAUGCUCUCCGUCCCCAGCGUCUUCUACCGCCCCAAAGAGCGGCAAGAAGAAUCCGACGCCGCACGCGAGAAGUUCUUCGUUCCAGAGUCGGACCAUCUUACUUUGUUACACGUCUACACGCAGUGGAAAGUCAACCACUACUCCGACGGCUGGUGCGUGCGCCACUUCCUGCACCCCAAAGCGCUGCGGCGCGCCAAGGAAAUCCGCGACCAAAUCCGCGACAUCAUGGAGAAGCAGAAAAUGACGCUCGUCAGCUGCGGCACCGACUGGGACGUUAUCCGCAAGUGCAUCUGUAGCGGGUACUACCACCAAGCCGCCAAAGUCAAGGGCAUUGGCGAAUACAUCAGUCUGCGUACCAGCGUGACGAUCCAGUUACACCCGACAUCCGCGCUGUAUGGCCUCGGCUAUCUCCCGGAUUACGUGGUUUAUCACGAGCUUAUCCUCACGUCCAAGGAGUAUAUGUCAUGCGUGACGAGUGUGGAUCCGCAUUGGUUGGCGGAUCUGGGCGCGGUGUUUUACUCGGUCAAGGAGAAGGGGUAUUCGGCGAGGGAUAAGCGCGUUACCGAGGUGGAGUUUAAUAGGAAAGCGGAGCUCGAGGCGAAGAUGGCGGAGGAUAAGGCGAGGGAGGAGCGCAGGAUUGUGGAGGAGGAGAGUGGGCCGUUGAUCAAGAAGGCGCUAAUGGGGAGGAAGAAGGAGGAAGAGGAGGGGGUGGUGAAGAGGCCGGUCAUUGGGAAGUCGAAGUUUAGGCGAAGAUGA